AUGCCUCCCGCCCUGAGCGACCAAGAGAAGUCCGAUACCGAAGUCGAGCUUGAGGUCCCCCUCCGGAGCAAGCGCUCUACAAGCAAGGGUAAAGACAGCGUCGGUUACUCAACCGAUUCAAGCGCUAAGAAGAAUGGAGACGUAGAUGUGAAGAAGACGCGCGGAAAGAAAGGCAAGGCCAAGGAAGAGGAAGAGGAAGACGAGGAGGUGCAGGAAGAGGGUGAGGACGAGGCUGAGGAAGAUGAGUAUAUCGUCGAGAAGAUCAUCUUACACUCGGUCGAUGUGCAAGGCAAUAUUACAUUCAAAGUAAAAUGGGAAGGCUACGAGGACGAGGCAGACCAGACUUGGGAACCCGAGGAGAACCUAUUGGAUGGCGCGCCUGACAUCGUCGCGGAAUAUUACCGUCAAAUAGGGUCCCGCGAACUGCUUCUGGAGCAGGCCCAAGAGGCCAGGAAGAACAGGAAGCGCGGACGCGCAUCGACCGGUGCCACGCCGUCCAGUUCCUCCAAGCGCGCGCGGAAGAACGGGAAGCAUCCCGCCGACAGCACGCCGCCGGCCAGCGCCAAAGCCAACGCGUGGAAGCCGCCGAGCGGUAGCUGGGAGGACGAGGUCGAGACCAUCGACGCCUGCGAAGAUGAGCAGACCGGCAAGCUCAUCGUGUAUCUCAACUGGAAGAAUGGACAGAAGACCAAGCACGGCACUGACGUUAUUUACAAGCGCUGCCCGCAGAAGAUGCUCCAGUUCUACGAGAGGCACAUUAGGAUUGUCAAGACGGCACCUGAUGCAGUGCCCGAUGCGGAGUAG